GCAUUACCGGCAACAGCGAAAACAGGAGCAGAAGCUGGCCCGAGGAAAGUACCAUUGGUUUGGUCAACAGCUCAGUACAAUCACUAGAUCGACGACCACCCCCUCCGAGGUUGGCCCGGUCGGCCCAGCCACGCGCCCCACCGAGGCAUGGCAGCUCCAGGAGGACAGAGCUGCUGCCCUGGGGUCUUAGUGGAUCACUGCUCUUCCGUAUAUUGACCUCUUUGGAAUUAAUACAGAGCUUUACAAUGAUGGGCUUUGAACUUGAUGACAGCUUAAAGACAUAUAAUCCAGACAAAGAAAGUCACCGGUCUGUCCUGUGGUUAAAAGAGAGACCCUUCAGAGCGGCUGCAGUCUGUCUUGGCGUGUUAUGUGUUGUACUUCUGACUGGGAUCAUCAUCGUAGCCGGCCAACAUAACCAUGCGGCAGUGGAACAACCUACCCCUAGCUGUAACCUGAUUGGAGAGCAAGUCCAGCUAGGGACCAGAUGCAACCUGACUGAUUUGAGACGUGAACAGACAAGGAAUAAAAAUGUGACUAAGGAGAGAGACCAGCUAAGGAUUACUUGCACCAACCUGAUCCAAGAGCAAGGCCAGCUUCAAACGAGAUACAUGAACCUGACUGAGGAGAGAGACAAGUUAAAGACAAGUAUCAUGCAACGGAUUCAAGAAAGAGACCAGUUACAGACAAGCACCAACAACCUAACUCAAGAAAGAGACCAUCUACUGACAAUUAACAAAUGCCUUACUAAGGAAGGGUUCCAGUUAAAGACCAGUAACAAUAACCUGACUCAAGAGAGAGACCUCCUCGGAACCAGUAACAAAUACCUGAAUAAGGAAAUGAACCAGUUACAGACCAUUAACAAUAACCUGACUCAAGAGAGAGACCUCCUACAGACCAGUAACAAUAACCUGUCUGAGGAAAUGUACCAGUUGCAGACCAUUAACAAUAACCUGACUCAAGAGAGAGACCUCCUACAAACCAGUAACAAAAACCUGACUGAGGCAAUGUACCAGUUGCAGACCAUAAACAAUAACCUGACUCAAGAGAGAGACCUCCUACAAACCAGUAAAAAAAACCUGACUGAGGCAAUGUACCAGUUGCAGACCAUUAACAACAACGUGACCCUGGAGAGAGACCAGCUGAAAGAGCUCCAAAGCUUGAGUGACGGGGGAGGUUGUUUGGCGGGAUGGCAGCCUCAUGGUGGCAGUUGCUACUUUCUCUCUGCUGAAAAGAAAUCUUGGAUGGCCAGCCGGCAGGACUGCCAGGAUAAAGGUGCUGAUCUGGUCGUCAUCCACAGCGAGGAGGAACAGAAUUUCAUCAACAAUUUCUGUUGUGCCGUCUGGAUUGGUCUGACUGAUAGGGGAUCCGAAUCAAAGUGGAAGUGGGUAGAUGGAUCAACCAGGAAACUGAGUUUAUGGAAUCCUGGUGAACCCAACAAUGCGGGAAAUGAAGACUGUGCAGAGUUGAUACCAGAGUCAAAAACCUGGAACGAUAUUUCUUGUACCUGGCAAAGACACUGGGCUUGCAAGUCUGUCAAAAGAAAUUCACAACCAGAGAUCAAAACUUCUAUGAAAUGAAGAUUGCAUUGGAGACAAAUUCCAUAGAUAUAUGUUAUAAUAUACAGAAUUUAUGUAUCAUUGAGUAUAAUUCAUUUCCUAUUCUUUACUUAUGCCAUUUGAAAAAAUAUCCCCAAUGCAUGAGAGUAGUGGUAAAAAUUAUUGACGAAGGAUGCAAAGAUAGAACAUACAAGUUAUAUAAUAAAUUUCAUCAAAAACAAUGUCAGUUAAUCAUUUUAAAACGUAGAAAAAUGGUGUUAUAGACAGUAUCUCCCACUGGUGUUAUAGACAGAGUAUAUCUAACUGGUAUUAUAGACAGAGUAUCUCCAAAUGUUGUUAUAAGUGUUUUUUAUACUGCCAAAUAGGCCCGUCUUAUACCCGCCUAUUGCCCGGGCAUGGUUACUCGGGCCUACACAUAAUGGGGAUUUCGUUUUCAUGUAAAUGCAAUUAGACAGAAUCGCGGUACCAGAGACCGAAGCGUGACCCAAGGGAUAUACAACAUUCAAAUAAAUAAAUUAAAGUCUUUAAAUUAAAUUCUCAACACCAGGGAUUAUGGAAGAAAGUAACGGUUACAUUUUAUGGCAAACUAUGCUUAUUAUUAGGCCUAUCUAUCAUAUUGAUACAUUAAUAGUAGAAAGCAUCUAAAACACCUCUGGAUUCGUAGCAAAGGCUUGACACGGCGCCAGAGAGUCUGGGGUCAGCGCGUGCUGACCUCAACCUAGUGUUUAGAUUAGCUGAUGUUGACCACAAGUGGUCAACAUCAGCUAAUCUAAUCACAGCCCUGG